AUAAAUUGCUAGAUGUGCGUGGUCUAUAUGUACUGGUCCACACAUUUGAGGUUUUCUUGGCUAUCUUGUAGUUUGUACCAAUUCAUUACUUUGCUAAUUUCGUGGAAGUCGAUUGCGUCAUCACGUCAUGCCAUUACAGUUUCAAAACAGCGAAAUCUAUCCGAACAUCAUGCACCCCGAAACUAUUGUCGAUUAUGAUCAGAACGGAGAAAUGUCAGAACCGGAAGGAUUACAAACCCAGCCAACUCUGAACGACUUCGUGAUUGUGUACAAAGCAAAGAAAGAGACCGGCUGUCUUGAGAUCUUUUUUCGCCAAGUUGAGCAGGAAGUAGGUCUUAAAGUAAAGAAGUUGUUAUCUUCCAAGUUCGAUAAGAAUGGACUGAUGUACGGUGUAAUCUCAGCUUCUCGGGAAGUGCUCGCUGAGCGGGCUGUAAAGCUCAAAAUAUCUAUCCCAGUCCAAAAACAAGUUGAUGAGGAGUAUUCCCUGGCAAAAUCUUGCAUGAAGACCAUCAAGCACUACUUUUCUCCUUGUCUGGAGUCUGGAUUUUUCAAGAUCCCAUACGACCCUCAGUAUGAAGAUCAUAUCAAUCACUCCAUUUUCGAGGGAGGGGAUCCAUUCAAUUCCUCUAGAAUCAGAAUCAUGUUGAUACAUGAUCUUAUCAAGGAUAUCGAUAUCACAUCAGAAUUGAAAGAGAAAGAACCUAGUUAUCCAUCUCUAAAGAGAGAUGAAUACCGCGGUCUACGGUGGCUGGAAGAGCACAAAUACAUCGAAGAUAGCUUCCCUCUGCACAGUAUAGAUGAGGUAAAGAAUCUGGCAAGUUCAGUCCUUUCUACUAAAGAAUCUUGGUACAGGUCUCUGUCUCUAACUUCACUGAGAAAUUACUUCGGAGAGAAGAUUGGACUGUCAUUUGCUUGGAGGUCAGCCUGGAUGUCUAAUGCACUGCCAUUCCCUAUCCUAUUUGGUCUGAUCACGAUAUUUUACGGCAUCGUCAUAGGCACGAGCACCGAAAAAAGUAUGUUCGGUAACAAGAUUGAGGAUAGGUACCUUGCUGCCAUGAACAACCGAGCCACUCCUUACUACGCUCUGUUAAUGUGCAUUUGGGCAGCAGUCUUUCCAAAAAUCUGGUCUAGAUUCAAAUACAUUUAUUCCUUUAAAUGGGGCACGACCAACUACUUCCUGUUUGAUGAAAGAGAGAUUGUUAAGUUUGCUGCAAUGAAAGAAAGAUCAAGAGGUGCACUAUACCAGAGGUACUGUCUAACUUGGGCGUGUACGUUUGUAUCCAUAUUGAUAGGAGUUACUUACUGCUUGGGAAUGAUAUACAUCCAGAUGACACUGACGACAUACCUCGAGGACAUGAUUGAUCAAGCGGACCUAACAGUUAAUGCUGCGAUAUCUUUGAUAAAUACAUUCUUAGUCAACCUGGUGAUUAACCCGAUGUUUGAAUGGAGUUCAAAGAAGCUUACUGCGUUUGAAAGACAUCAUUUUGAUUCAGAUUUCGAGAGAGCCCUUACAAUCCGGGUGUUUUGCAACUCAUUCUUCAACAACAACAUUCGGAUCCUUAUGAUGCUGAUAGUGCCCAGAUUUGACCUCACAAAUAUAUUCACCCACAAAACGGACUCUUUCGAGCUUUGCAAAGAAGGGCAAUGUGCAGAGGCCAUUGGCUAUCAAGUGGCAUUUUUCCUCCUUCUGCGGCCAAUUAUAGAUCUAGCUAGGUAUGUUCGACAUACGAUCAGGAUAUUGUUUUGCAAAAAGAGAGCUGUAAAAGAUGAGCUGGAUAUAGUAGAUGGGUCUCUGAUUGAAUUUGUGGAGAAGCAACACGGACUCUUUUCCGGACAGAGGUUCGGAGAGAAGUUCACAACGAUGGAUGAUAUGAAUGCUAGGGUUGCUCAAUAUGGCUUUGUGGUCAUGUUUGCUGCAGCCUUUCCUCUUGCUCCUAUCAUUGCCUUCUUGAUGGAGUAUUUUGUUAGGAGGGCAGAUAUUGACCGGUACCUAAAGAGACAAAGAAGACCCAUUCCACGAAGACAGGAGGGUAUUGGGAGUUGGGAAGAUAUUUUAGAAUUUGUAAACAUGAUGGCUAUCUGCACAAACGUCUGGAUUAUUGCAUUCCGGUCAAAUUAUGGUUUUAAUCUAUUUAUUGACUGGAAAAGAUACUACCCUGAGGAUUACCAAGCUAUGCUCAGUGUCGUCCUCAUAUCAUCUCUAGUCCUUCUAACGUCUUUGAUAAGAGCUGUUACUCAGUACAAUAAGAUCCCAGAAAAAGUGAAGAUAUUUCAGAGGGAGGAAGAGAAGACAGCGGGAGAAUUUUUAGGUAACAUGUCAAACGGGAAUUCUUGCAGAGGACCCGGCAAUAGAACAUUUGUUUCACAAAACUCGGUGGCAGUUUGAUGAGGAGUAAAAAUUUCUGAGAAAUUUGGUAGCAUGCCAAUUUUAUAAUGAGGCAUUUAUCGUUUUGAUUCUAACUCAUCUAAGAAUAAUUUGAGCAGCACAGAUUAACAAAACAAUCAAAGCUUUUGCAUUUCAAUAAUUUAUGUCAGUAUUGAGAGAAAAGCUUGUUAUGUAUUUCAGGUUGUUUACUUUUCCUGGAGUUCCGUACUAAAAUAUUCUGAAAUAAAAGAUUCAAAGAAUGUUGUUGUUUAAUGACUUACCCAUAAAUAUUUCGGCAGCAUCAGCA